AUGCAUACAGAUUGUUCAAAGUUUCAAUUAUUAUAUAUAAUGGGAAAUCUUAAAUCACGUUUUCAUAAACGUAAACAUGACCAUAAGGCGCCAUCGGGUAACCUAUCAAGUUCAUCAUCUCCAGCAUCAAAAUCCGGUCAAAAUGAUGCCGCGCAAACGGGUGGUACUAAUCCCAAUCGUGCUCGUGCUACAGAACCAGUAGCACCACCGACACGGGACAGUGAACCAGCCACCGUAGCUCCACGUGGACGACCAUGA